AGCAGUUUGAUGUGCUCUCGGAUUACUUACCUGACUCCUCCACCAUGCAGAAGGAGAACAGUCAUCCUCCAGACCACCACCAAUAUGUGGGUCCGUACAGGCUGGAGAAGACCCUGGGGAAGGGGCAGACUGGUCUGGUGAAACUUGGGGUACAGUGCGUGUCCGGCAAGAGAGUAGCUAUAAAGAUUAUUAACAGAGAAAAAUUAAGUGAAUCCGUUUUACAGAAGGUUGAAAGAGAAAUAGCUAUUAUGAAAUUAAUUGAACACCCGCAUGUCCUAGGAUUAUAUGAUGUCUACGAAAACAAGAAAUAUCUGUACCUGGUGCUGGAACAUGUGUCUGGAGGGGAGCUUUUCGACUACCUCGUCAAGAAGGGAAGACUCACUCCCAAAGAGGCGAGGAGAUUCUUCAGACAAAUUAUAUCCGCCUUAGAUUUUUGUCAUAGUCAUUCUAUAUGUCACCGCGACCUCAAGCCCGAGAAUCUCCUCCUUGACGAGAAGAACAACAUCCGGAUCGCGGACUUCGGCAUGGCGUCGCUGCAGCCCGACGGGUCCAUGCUGGAGACGUCGUGCGGUUCGCCCCACUACGCUUGCCCCGAGGUCAUCCGGGGCGAGAAGUACGACGGGCGGCGCGCCGACGUGUGGUCGUGCGGGGUCAUUCUGUACGCCCUCCUGGUUGGUGCUCUGCCCUUCGACGACGACAACCUCCGGCAGCUGUUGGAGAAGGUGAAGCGGGGCGUGUUCCACAUCCCUCACUUCGUGCCCCCGGACUGCCAAGACCUCCUGCGUGGCAUGAUCGAAGUCAACCCCGAAAAGAGACUCACGCUCGAAGAGAUCAACAAGCACGCGUGGGUGGUGGCCGGGGGCAAGGGCGAGCUGGAGUUAGAAAAGCCCAUGAUGGAGGUGGUUCAGACCCACAUCAUCCCCACCAAGGAGAGCAUCGACCCUGACGUCAUCAAGAACAUGGCGUCCCUCGGGUGCUUCAAGGACAAGGAAAAGGUGAUGUCGGAUCUCCUCGACCCGUGCCACAACACGGAGAAGGUCAUCUACUUCCUCCUGCUGGACCGGAAACGGCGGAAACCGGCGUGCGAGGACGAGAACGAGAUCAUCCACCGGUACCGGUCGGAGUCCGCCGACCCGCCGCGGAAGAGGGUCGACACCUGCUCCGUGAACGGCACCAUGUCCCACUUCGAGCGCCUGUCGGAGGGCUCGCCCAUCACGCCCCGCCGCAACAACAUGCCUCACCAGUCGUCGCACACGCUUCCCUGCAGCCGGCGCCGCUCGGGAAACAACAACAGCGGCAGCCACUCGCCUCUGCACUCGAACAACGUGACGCCGACGGCCUCCCCGGUGUCGUCGCCUCGCACCUCCCGCCACCACCACUCCCAGCACUACCACUCCAGCACCACCAGCACCAGCAGGGACGGGGGCGGGACCGUGGCCACGAGCACCAGCAGCCACCAACAGUCCGGCAACAGCACCUCCGACGAGAGUAGCACGCCGUCUGCCCCGGGCUCCCCCUACUCGGCGCCAUAUUGGAAAUCUCGUCUCAACACCAUUAAGAAUUCAUUCCUAGGUUCCCCGCGCUUCCAUAGGAGGAAAUUACAAGUUCCGACAGACGAGGUGCACCUCACGCCGGAGUCGUCGCCGGAGCUCACGAAGAAGUCGUGGUUCGGUUCCUUGAUGAGCACCGAGAGGGACGAGACCUACACCAUCCUCGUGAAGGACAAGGCGCUGGCCACCGUCAAGGCCGACCUCAUCCACGCCUUCCUGUCGGUCGCUGAGCUAAGCCACAGCGUGACGUCGCCGAUGAGUUUCCGCGUGGAGUACAAGCGAGGCAGCACGGGGCCCGCGGUGUUCCAGAGACACGUGCGGUUCCAGGUGGACAUUACUCCAGUGUGUCCCCCUAAUGACCCCAACCCGCUCUACGCCAUUAACUUCAUUCUUCUCUCUGGUAAUAUACGACGGUUUCGGCGAAUAUGUGAGCACAUCCAGUCGCAAGUGUGCAGUCGACGGCCGCCAGCAUCCCCUCGGGUCGGCCGGAAGUUCACCACGGAGCUGUCAGAGUCCUCGUCGUGUGGCUCAGACACGUCAGAGCGGCUGUCACCCUUCCCAGCAGGCAAACAGGGUGAGAGCGACGUAGAGAGUGAUGUAUCCCAGUCAGAAGCCAAGAGCUUGUCAGGAGGCCGAGGCAGCACAGACCCGGCCCAGCCAAACGUCUCCAACGGGCGCAGCUCCUCCGACCCCGAGACCCAACAGUUGGGGUCCUCAGACCUGGCCACGUAGUCCAGGUCUGGCCGGGCCUCCACUGGUAGCGUUGUCGUCACCAGCACCAGCGCCCAACUGCCACAACCACCCUUCCUGCCAGGCGGCCCCAGGGAUCAGGCCAUGUGUUCCGUCGAGAAGAACAUUUGCUCACCAGGACCGAAAUAACAUUAGGGAUGCAUAAUGCUAUGGCAAACGGCUAGAAGAUG